CUCAUCCUCUUUUGUUUCUUCUGCUCGCUGUAUCUGUCUCUGUUUCUGCGCCGGGUUACUCUUAUUAACCGACGUCGGAUUCCUUUGUGUUGGUAUCUGAGUUUUCCAUUGGAUAACUACAUCAAUAUAUAUAUAUAUAUAUAUAUAUAUAUAUAUACAUGUGUGCUUGUAUUUUUUGUUUUUUAAUUGAAGGUCGUUUCCUUGCACCGUGAUUUUUGCUUGUAGAGAAAGAACAGAGAUAUGCUUCCUCUUCAGAGCUACUACGGGUCGAGGAGCUGGUUGGAGCGAAAGACAGAGCCCGGUCAACAACAAAGCCCUACGGUCAAUACGAUGGACGGUGGUGAUUCGAUGUUGAGCUCGGCAUCGAAGGGGGAGAGGAGAUCGGAAGAAGCAUGUAAGAGCCACAAGGACGCGGAGAGGAGACGCAGGCAGCGAAUCAACGCCCACCUCUCCACCCUCCGCUCUCUCCUACCCAACACCACCAAGACAGAUAAGGCAUCGUUGCUGGCACAGGUAGUCCAUCGCGUGAAGGAGCUGAGGCAGCAAGUGGCUGACAUGCCGUGUCGGGAAGGCAACGGCGACGCGUGUGGUAGUGGAUCCGACGCCGUGCCCGACCCGUGGCAGUUACCGGGAGAGUCAGACGAGGCGACCCUGAGCUACUGUGACGACGGGAAGAAGGUGAAGGCGACUCUGUGUUGCGACGACCGUCCCGGUUUGAACGUGGAUUUGGCACGAGCGAUUAAGUCGGUCCGGGCGAGGGCAGUGAGGGCGGAGAUGAUGACGGUGGGUGGGCGGACGAAGAGCGUGGUGAUGGUGCAGUGGGCCGGGAGUGGUACCGGUGGAGACCAUGAGAUCGGGGCCUUGAAACGGGCUUUGAAGGCUGUGGUGGAGAAUCGGGCUUCGAAUUCUGGACUGGGCCAAGGCGUCUCAAGGAACAAACGGGCUCGGACGAAUGGUUCACUUACGGACGAUAAUGACUUUUUGUUAACAGGGCUUUGAUCCAUUUCUUACAUGUUUCUUUUUCUUUUUACCGAUCAAAUAUUUUUGAGGGGGUGAGUAUGUGUUUGGGGGUGUCAAAUAGAUAUGUAUCGACCAUCAUUGUGACAAAAUUUUAUGAGGCUGGCAUUGU